AUGAGAGCAGUCCUGAUCGACCGGUUCUGUUUCUCCAACACGGCGUGUUCUCGGAUAGUUUCGCUUGGACGGGGAAUCUGGCGAACGAGUCGGCUGCGUUUGUCUUUGCCUGACGCCGGCUUUGAUGUGUGGAUGGCGAACUCACGGGGCACACCUUCAUCACAGAAGCAUAUCGGUUACGGACCAGACGAGGCACGAUUCUGGAAUUUC